AUGCAUCAGCCUGAUCGAAGGCCGGACGAUGUCCACUCCGCCCAACAGACCGACCGGCCCCAACAACGUCGCCCAAAAACCGUCGACUCCGAAUGGACCAGCGUCAAAAACGGCUUCUCUGGCGCUGACCAGGCGUCCGAUGCCAACGAUCCCCCCAGCAAACGACGACGUGUUGCCCUGGCGUGCACCGUGUGCCGGGGGAGGAAAUCACGUUGCGAUGGCACGCGCCCCAAGUGCUCGUUGUGUGUCGAGUUGGGAUUCGAAUGCGUCUACCAACAGUCAGCUUCGUAUUCGAACAUCAUCAUCGGCAAGGAGUACUUGUCGUCGAUCGAAGAUAGGCUGAAAGAGGUAGAAGGUCGGCUGGCUUCUCUCGAGAACCGCGACCGGACGCUCGUGUACCAAUCUGACAAUCCAAACGUCUCCAAUGGAGUCUCUUCCUCAGAUUUCCCGCCCCCAGAGACGGCGUGCUUACGGGAAGAGAGCCUCGAAGAUGCGGAAACCGUCGAGGAUCCGAUCGACGCGAUGGGGGCGGUCACGUUUGCACAGGAAGAGGACUGUGCUUUCUUUGGGCCGUCAUCGAAUAUUGCGUUCCUCCGACACGUCUCGAGGGCCGUGGCCCGGUUGACUCACGACCCAGAACCUUGGAAACCGUCUCCGGCAGAACAUCACUCGGUAGGAUUUACAGGGGGAUUCAUCAAUACCUCUGGCCCAGCAUCCCCUGUGCCGACGCCUCGCGACUCUCCUCACGAGCAGGUGAACAUCUAUGCCCUUCCUCCCGACUCGGUAGCCCGUGAGCUCCUCAACUGGUAUUUCAGCAACACUGGCUUAUUGUUUCCUUAUAUCCACGAGCAAUCGUUCAUGGCCACAUUUGAACAGGCCAGCAAGGACAAGUUCAAGGGCGUCAGGAGAAUCUGGCUCGCCUUGCUAAACAUCGUCUUCGCCCAUGCCAUGGUCCAUGCACGGGAAAACACCACAACUCCUGGAAGUGUCGACUCGACCGCGGCAAAGGCCAGCGCAGAGUCGGAGAUCUACUUCCGACGGGCUUCCGGCCUCUUCAAUGAAAAGAUCACGAAUGGGACGGGGACGAGUGUUGAAGUUGUGCAGUUCCUCCUCCUCAUGGGUCAGUACUUGCAGGGAACGCAGAAGUCAGUGCAGACAUGGAAGACACAUGGUCUUGCAGUGCGAGCUGCGUUUCAGAUAGGUCUUCACUCCAGCGAUCUGGCCAGAGUUUUCCCCCCACUGGAUCAGGAGGUCCGGAAAAGGACGUGGUUUGGUUGUAUCAUGCUCGAUCGCACCUUGAGCAUGACCUUUGGACGACCUCCGGCGAUCCCUGACAGCUACGUCCAGCUCGAGCUUCCGGUGGGAUUCUCCGCCGUCGACGGCGGAGCAGCAGCACCCGCGGACAAGAAGGAGUCAUUGAGCAUUGCCUUCUUCAACGGCACCAUCACGCUCUAUAAAGUCCUCUGCACGAUCGUGGAUUCGCUUUACGGCCAGAAUCUUGCCUGCUCGUUCAAGUCCAACGCCGUGGACACGGUCGCCCUGGUCUACAAGAUUGAAAACCAACUCUCCGAAUGGCAACGCGGGCUGCCGUCCCACAUGAGACUCAUCGCCACGCAGGACAUCCUGCCCGAACGGCUGCCGCAGGUAGAGAGCUCGGCCGAGGAAGCAUGGCGGCAACUGCGCCUCCGCUUCAUCCUCACGCUCCGUUACACCAAUGUGCGCAUCCUCCUCCAUCGACCCGUGUUGGUCAAGUUCCUCGAUGGACUGAGCAACCCGGCAAACCACCAAGAUACUUCGCUGCUCCAACAGGUUGGCACCAUCCAUAUCCAGAUUGCCAUUAAAUCGGCCAAGGAGAUUAUCUGCCUGGUCCAUAAUGCCUUGCAGUCUGCCACAGGGCGAUCGAAAUGGGGCUUGCUGGGCGCAUGGUGGUUUUCGCUGUACUACACAUUCAAUGCAGCCCUGGUGCUGGGAGCGUGUGUCCUGGUCCAAAUUGACCAGAAAGCCUCGGGCAACGAUUCCAACAUGUCACUGACCGAGUCGACCGAGGAUAUGAGCCUGCAUUUGGAGAUGGCCAUCGAAGCGAUCCGCCAUCUCGACAGCGACAAUCGCAUGGUCGCGCGAUGUCGAGACUAUCUCGAGCAGUUGGUCCAGGUGGUUCAGGCGCUAGCCAUCGGACAGGGCCUCCUCCCUCAGCCUCACGACUGGCAGCCCGUCACGUACCACCACCCGACCAACGCGCCCGCCUUCGGCCCGGUGCCACCGGCACCGGCCCCCCAAGAAGCAGGCGACUACGGGGUGCUGCUCGGAGGCGGCGCAGCGGCCGUGGGCGCCAGCCUGGGCAUGGGUAUCUACAACAACCACGGCGGCGGCAUCGUCACGAGCAGCAAACAGUCGCCGCUCGGCAUGGAUCUGGGCGAGUUCAUGCUCGACGGCGACCUCGAGUUCUUGAGCAGUCACUCGUUUGCGUAUAAUCGCGGGGUGGCUCCGUGA